CAGUUGGAAGUGUCCAGAAUACUUUACGGCACUGUUGAUGAGACAGCUGCGACUGAGCUGUUGUAUCUUUUAGUUAUGAUUUAGUUUUGUACGAGGAAGCAUUCUUUCAAUGAGUGUUUUUGAUUUAUUUCGUGGGUUCUUUGGGGUACCUGGAGGCCAUUAUCGUGGCCGAAGGGACCCCUUCUUCGAUGCCAUGACUCAUGAUGAUGAUGAUGAUGAUGAUGACGAUGAUGAGGAUGGAUUCUACUAUGAUGGCUACCGGGGGGACCAGCAGGACCCAUUUGACAGUGCCUGGAGGUUUGGCUUCAGCUUUGGUCCAGAUGGGAUGAGGAUCCAGGAGCCUCCAGUGUUUGGCCACGUCUUCAGGGAGAUGGAGGAGAUAUUCUCCCAGAUAGGACGCUUGGACAGAGAGUCAGAGUCUGGACACUUUGGUGUUCCCAGUAUCAUGCCGCCACCACCUCAGGACAGAGCAGAGAGGGGAGGAGGGGGGUCCAGUGGGAACCCGCUGAGAGACUUUAUGCUGAAAACCCCUGACAGUUACACACGAGGGCCCCAGCCAGGGCCAUCAAGAGAGCCCAGAAAUGACGGCCACCCUUUUUUCAAGUUCAAUGAUAUUUGGAGACGGGGGCCACAGAAAGUUCCAGCGGACGAGCACAAAGAGGACAGAGAUCUGGACUCUGCAGUGUCCUCUGGGGGCCUGGAUCAGAUUUUGAUGCCACCUGCUGGUCAGGCACCGAGCCAGCCCAGAACCCGAUCAUUCUUUCAGUCGGUCACUGUCACCAAGGUGGUGAAACCUGAUGGGACUGUAGAAGAGAGGCGUACAGUCAGAGACAGCCAAGGCAAUGAGGAAACCACUGUGACUCGCUCAGGAGGUCCUGGGAGCCUGGAGGGACCAGACCAUCAAACUGGACCUGCUCUACCAAGUGGCCAACGCCCCUUCUCAGACAUGCGGGAUGAUGACUCAUUAUUCUCCAGGUUCUUUGGAGGGUUUAAGUAACAUGCAAAGUGAAGUGAACUGACUGACGAUGGCUUUUGUUCCCUGAAAACAUCUCAGCAUAUGAGUGUUUCUGUAGAGCUGUGAGUUGGCAUAUUUCUAGGAUAUAUCCUUAUAUGGACAGAACACUUGCAUGACCUUCAGUUGCCAAAAUGAAUGUUUUGGAUUAGGGUCACUGGCCUGUUGAUAGCUCUGGGUUUCCAACUGACCACCAAUGAACAAUUUACAAUAACAUAUUUUAUUUUUGUAUCGUCCCGUAGACUGGCCUGUAUGGAUGUGAGUGUGUGAUGAGUCAAAUAAAGAGUCGUAAUAUAUUUA